AACAGAUCAAGGAAAACAUGAUGUUUGUCUUUUGCGUAUGGUGUAUUUCACUAAGUAUGCUUGCUCCACUUACUUCCACUCCCACUGAGGAAGAGCUGUUGACUGUGCUAGCCCCGUUCUCUUCCUCAUAAAUCUAGCACAGGAGCUGCUUAAACAGUCUUGGAUGUUACUAGGAUGCAACUCCGCCCAAUUGUUUUCCUAUUUCACUUGGCAACCAGAAAGCUCAAUCCAAGUUCCAUGCUCAGAUAAUGAAAGCUCUCCAUCAAAUGCUGUUGAUACAUAUCCUGAACUCCAUUUUAUUGCUUUGUACCUGUUGGGCACCAAAAAUAUGUUGUGCCCAGAUCGUUAGAUCCUCGCAGAGACCCCCAGAGAGUCGAUCACACCGAACUGCAAAAGCAAGGUUUAUUCGGGAGUACAAGCCGCGACAGGGACCCCAUCCAACCAACCGGCACAGCGGAGGAAGGAGUGAGGCCCUGGUCUUCGUUUGGGAGAGUUUUAAAGGAAAAAAGGGCUACAUCAACAGGAAAAAGAGUUACAUACAGCAUGGAAGCUUCAGGCACAGGGAGUUACAGCGGGGGCUUACAGCGGGGGAGUUCUGGGCACAGGGAGUUACUUUGUUUAGCAAUCUCUACUGUGCUGUCCUUGGUCUACGGAGCUAGCUGUUCCUGGUGAGCUUUGAUAUCUCUGGAAUGCCUGAAUGCCUGCUUUUACAAGGACCCGGGUCUGCUAUGGGAAAUGGAGGCUGUUUUUUUUUUUUUUUUUUUAUUGUUUUAAAAUGUAGUCACUUUGGUUCUUCAUACCUAUAUUUGCUGCUUACUUUUCUGUGAUUCUGCAUCUUGGUUUUUAUAUUUCUGCUCAAAGUAGAUGAAGAAUGAAUUAAUGGAUAGGUCUUGUGAAAUUGUCACCCAUUUCAUUUACUAAUUCUUAGUGAUAAAUUGUGUGUUUUAUUUCCAACUUCAAGUCUGAGGCAUGCACCCUGAAAAAACAGUAUCUGUUGCUAAGGUGGUGUUAAUAAUAUAUUGAAUUUCUUCUUAGAGUGAUGUUUAGAUCUAUGAUGUUAGACCACAAUGCUACUAGGAGUCACUGAAGAUGGUCCUAGGAAAAGAGAUCAAGGAAUAAUGUUGUGUGUGUAGUUUCUGGAAUAUAAAAAAAAAAAUGCUUCAAAAACAGAAGUACUACCCUUCAGUGACUAGAAAUAUGUUCUUUUCAUCCAUCCAUGGGGAAACAUGGGACAGUGAUGAGCAAAGACCAGAAUGGAGACUGGCCUAGUCUAUUCACAAAUAGACUCCUAGUUGACUUAGACUCCUGUAAUGAGAUUCAAAGAAAGCAAAGUUGAAAGAAAAUCUAGGGAGGAAUGCAAAACCUUUUUCCUGAGAUCUACUGUCUUAAUGUCUGGUGAACACUAGACUGCAGCAAGCAGGGAUAUGGUAUGUCUGUGUAUGUUUGUGUGUAAGUUUGUUAGAGCUGAUUUGAGCAGAAAGAGACAAUAUGUGUUUAAAGAAAUUAUAUAUGACAUUCCAACAGAAAACAAAACCUUUUGAUAAAUUUGUAAUAUGUUGGUUAUUUAUCUGUUUUCCUCUCUAAACAUGAAUAAAUUAGGAGCUAAUGAGUCUGCCUUUCUGUAGGAUGCUAACACUGAGUUUUCAAGUGAGAAGACAGAAAUAAAUGAGUGAGCACUAUUUUUCUAGCUCUUUUAUUCCAAGACUAUUUCCUUAUGGAAAAAUAUAGCUUUCUCUGUUGUCCUAAAUAUGAUAGCAGAAAAGAAAGCUCACUGAAAAAUGGAAAACAACAGUGACUUUGGCUCUAGAAAAGAGGAAAUAAGUAGCAGAAUAUAAAGAAAAAUCUAGAAAUGGCAAGUUGUCUUUGCUUUUAAGAGAAGGAGACAAAGCUCCCAUUCCCUAAUUCAUUCCACCAACGACCAUAAUGGCCAGGGAUGGGCCAGGCCAAAGCUGGGAACAGGAACCCAUUCCAGAUUUCCCACAUGGGUGACAGGGAUGCACGUACUUCAGCCAUUACCUGCUGUCUCCCGGGGUGUGCAUGAGCAAAAAACUGAAAUUGGGAGCUAGAACUUGAAUUCGACACUUUGAAUUGAGGUGAGAGCAUCCCAAACUGAAUCUAACCACUAAGUUAAAUGCUAAUCCUGGUAACUUAUUCAAUAAGUUUCAGAAUGAAUCUCAGCCCAACCUAGAAAGAGGCCACACAUUUUGCUGAAUUACUGGACAGAAUGAAGAAAAUUUCUGAAGUUAUUCUCUAACAGAUUAGGAUUCUUUGAGCAAAUCAAGUCCUAUAAUCACUUCUUCUUUUCUCAUUAUCAGUGGUUGCUGUUUUCACCAUUUUUUUUGUUUGCUUUGUUUUAUUCUGUGUGAAGAGGAGCUGCAGAAUGUGUUUUGGGUGAAGGGGUCCUAUGAAUGCAUGGGUAAAUAGUGCAGCCUGGAAAGGUGAUAGCAAAUAUGCAUAGGCACUGCAUUUAAACUGCAAAGCCAUUUGAUGUUCACAAUAUGUGAACUCCACCAUAGUUCCCCACCUUAGAAGUAAAGUAAUAUCCUGAAAUCUUGUGUAAUACGUUCAUUUUUCUAUAGGAUACAAGUGUGGAAUUUAAAUGUACUUUUUCAAACUCCUAAGCAAGUAUUCUAUGCACUGGAUUGAAUUGAGGAAAAUAUUAUCCUUCAAAUUAUGUACUCAUUUUUGUUCUCUGAGAAGCUGGUGAACACUUAUAUCAAAUGUCAUCUUGCUAAUAAUCUUGUGGGUGUGUUCAACUAUUCAUUCAAACUUUCAAUUUGUUUCAGAUUAAAAUAUGAUUUAAUCCAUUUUACAUAGGAGUAGAGCCAAACAACCACUAUACAAAUUAUACCUUGAGAAUGGGUAAAUUUUUUGUUAAGAUUUAUUUUAUUUAUUUUAAAGACAAAGUUACAGAGAGAGAUAGAGACAGAGAGAGGUCUUCCAUCCACUGGUUCACUCCCAGAUGACCACAAUGGCCAGAGCUCCACUGAUCUGAAGCCAGGAGCCAGGAGCUUCUUCCAGGUCUCCCACAUGGGUGCAGGGGCCCAGGAACUUGGGCCAUCUUCCACUGCUUUCCCAGGCCAUAGCUUAGCAUAGAGCUGGAUUGGAAGAGGAGAAGCCAGGUCUAGAACUGGUGCCCAUAUGGGAUGCCAGUGCUUCAGGCCAGGGUGUUAACCUGCUGCGCCCAGCAUUGACCCCAAGAAUGGGUAAAUUAUAUUUAAAGAAUGGAGAAUGGUGGAUUUUAUAAAUGUAAUCAAUAGUUAUGUUUUGCUUGUAGUGACUGGUAUGGAGGUUAUAUUCAUACUCCCAAGAGGUGAUAAAUUGGCACAGCACAGAACUGGGAAUCAGAGGGUACUAAUUUUACUUCUGUAUCAUCAUGGACAAGUUACUCUUCUUGAACUAACAUUAAAAAUAAUAAAAACAUAGUCUCAAUGAAGUCCAUAUUCACUCAAAAGCUUUGGUUGUGUAAUAAUUCAAAGUGAAAUAAAGAUAUAAAGACAGGGGAGAGUGCCUAUUGCUAAGAAUUUGCUGGUGGCAGGCUGUGUUACAUAAAUAACCAUAGGCUUGUGCUGGGACAUGGAAGGAAUUGACAUUGUCUGUGCCCACAGCCAGGUAUGAUGACCAAGACUCUGGAAGCAGAUAAUAGGACAGCAACAACACAUUUCAUUCUUCUGGGAUUUCCAACACGACCAGCCUUCCAGCUUCUUCUCUUUUCUGUUUUCCUGGCAACCUACCUGUUGACACUGCUUGAGAACCUUCUAAUCAUCAUAGUCAUUCGAAGUGAUGGGCAGUUGCACAAGCCCAUGUAUUUCUUUCUGAGCCACCUCUCUUUCCUGGAGAUGUGGUAUGUCACAGUCAUCAGCCCCAGGAUGCUGGUAGACUUCCUCAGCCACGAUAAAAGCAUUUCCUUCAAUGGCUGCAUGACUCAACUUUACUUCUUUGUAACCUUUGUCUGCACUGAGUACAUCCUUCUUGCUGUCAUGGCCUUUGACCGCUAUGUAGCCAUUUGUAACCCACUACGUUACCCAGUUAUCAUGAACAAUCACCUUUGUGGUACAAUGGCUGGAGGAUGCUGGUUCUGUGGACUCGUGACUGCCAUGAUAAAGAUGAUUUUCAUAGCCCGACUUCACUACUGUGGCACACCCAAUAUCAAUCACUACUUUUGUGAUAUCUCUCCACUCCUCAACGUCUCCUGUGAGGACUCAUCACAGGCUGAGCUGGUGGACUUCUUCUUGGCCCUCAUGGUCAUUGCUGUUCCACUUUGUGUAGUGGUCACAUCAUACAUCACCAUCCUCACCACCAUUCUCAAGAUCCCGUCUUCUCAAGGCCGUCAAAAGGCAUUCUCCACCUGUGCAUCCCACCUGACAGUUGUGAGUCUCUUCUACUCCACAACCCUUUUCACCUAUGCCCGCCCCAAGCUCAUGUACGCCUACAAUUCCAACAAAAUGGUAUCUGUUCUCUACACCGUCGUCGUACCACUCCUCAACCCCAUCAUUUACUGUCUGAGGAACCGUGAAGUAAAAGCAUCUCUGAAAAAGACUGUACUCUGCCUUGGAAUUGGGUCUAGGGGAGAUGAGACUGUCAGUAGUUAAAAACCUGUGUCGACCUGUAAGGCCUGAAUUGGAAGAUGAUUACUACACACUUUCUCCCGCAGUCUCAGCUGUAGUUAGGCAAUAACACACAGAACUUUAACACUGCUCUCUGAGGGUACACUUACGACUAGAGAAUCAGAUUUCUGAGAAGUAGUAACCUCUCCUAUCAGGACCAGAGGAAAAAAAUGUUAAGCAUUUUCAUAGAAAAAUAUUUGAAAUGAGGAGUAAGGAAAAGAGAAAGGAGGUUCUUUUUUUCACACAACUUACCAAAAUAAAUUUUGGACAGGAUAAGGAGUAAAACCAUAUUCCUGCUCUCAGAUUAGGAAAACGUCUUUGAAUAUUCCAUCCUUGAGAAGUAAAAGAAAAUGAAGUAAUACGCUCCUAACUUGUUGAGGCUUUUAAAAUAAUAGAACGUAAAUUAGAAAGUAAAGUAGAACAUAUUUGUAGCCUACAUUAUAAUAUCUUUAAUAUUAGAAGAGGCCAGGAAGGAUUAUCCCCUGCAGCGGUCAGAGAGGCCAUGGCCCUGCCAGAUUCUUGG